AAGUUUGUUAAAUGUCAACACUAAAUAGAUGAUUUUUCACAGUUUUGCUUUAGUCUUUUCGUGAUUGUUGCACUGUCGUUACACAAAAUUCACUUCUUAUGUAUUUUUAAAAAGUUUAAUGAUUAUUUAUGAUGCAUUUAAAAUAAUUGUGAUUCUAAUAAGUUAUUGGAUACUUGUGAUUAAAUGAAUAAAUAUCAAAAAAAUUAAAUAUUGAUCGAUACUUUUAGUGCCAUAAAAAGCAAAAGAAAUUUUAGUGAAAUAAUAAGAAUUAAUAUUAUGAGUGAAAUAAUGGAUAUCAGACUUCAUCAUCAUUUAGCACAGGAAUUUUAUAGACAACAAAUGUUGCAAAGGAUUCCAGAUCCAUACUCAUCAAUUUUCCCAACACGUCAGCUUCCACCGAUUCCACCACGCUUUCAAUUACCUGGAGCAGACGUAAAAUUACAAAACUCAGAUCUAUGGUCAGAAUUUCAUCAAAUUGGCACAGAAAUGAUUAUUACAAAAUGUGGCAGACGAAUGUUUCCAUCACUACGCAUUUCACUUGCUGGAUUGGAUAAUGAUCAAAAUUAUUGUGUUCUAUUGGAAAUGGCUCCGACUGCUGAUUGUAGAUUUAAAUUCUCGGGAUCACAAUGGGUACCAGCCGGAGGUGCAGAACCUCAAAGUCUUCAAAACAUUUAUAUUCAUCCCGACAGUCCAGCUUUGGGAUCACAUUGGCAAGCUCAACCGAUCAAUUUCAACAAAGUGAAACUUACAAACAACACAUUAGACAGCAGUGGACAUGUCGUUUUAACCAGCAUGCAUAAAUAUCAGCCACGUAUUCAUAUCGUUCGGACUUCAGAUCCUUCACAAAUUCCUUGGUCACCACAAAAAUCAUUUGUAUUUCAUGAAACUGAAUUUGUAGCUGUCACUGCUUAUCAGAAUGAUCGAAUCACAAAGUUAAAGAUCGAUAAUAAUCCAUUUGCAAAAGGAUUUCGUGAAACUGGUCAAUCUCGAUGCAAGAGAAAGCUUGGACCAUCAACAUCAAAUAACAACAGUAUUAAUAAUAAUCAGAAAUUACAAAAGAACGAUGACGAGUUGCCAUAUGAGAUUGAACAGAAACGUCUUCGAGUCAUAAGUCCAUCUGCAUUCUCACCAGGAUUACAAUCUCAAAAGGAUGAUUCUGGAUUAUCACUUUACGAAACAUCAUCUAGUGGAACUAAUUCACCUUCAAUUGAUGAUCGUUUCAUCAAUCAGAGGCUACCCUACUUUCAGCAUCAUUCAUAUCCUUUAGCACUACAACAUUAUCAUCAGAUGAUAAAUUCUCAAUUUAUGAACUUGAUGAUGCCUCAUAUAAAUAAUCAACAAGUAAACUCUAUUAGAAUAAACAAUCAAGUAGAAAAUGACGAGAAGCAAAUUGAUGUUUUAACUGAUGAUACAAGUUCCAAUGCCUCAGAUAAUGAAGAAACAUCACCAAAAAAGUCAAAUUUCUCAAUAUCUGCAAUUUUGGGCUUAGAGAAAGAUCCAUAUGCUUCAAUGUUUCCAGCAAGACAAUUACCACCAAUGCCACCACGUUUUCAACUACCUGGAGCAGACGUUAAAUUACAAAAUCAAGACCUUUGGUCACAAUUCCAUAAAAUUGGAACUGAAAUGAUUAUCACAAAAUCUGGACGACGAAUGUUUCCAUCACUACGCAUUUCACUUGCUGGAUUGGAUAAUGAUCAAAAUUACUGUGUUCUAUUGGAAAUGGCUCCGACUGCUGAUUGUAGAUUUAAAUUCUCGGGAUCACAAUGGGUACCAGCCGGAGGUGCAGAACCUCAAAGUCUUCAAAACAUUUAUAUUCAUCCCGACAGUCCAGCUUUGGGAUCACAUUGGCAAGCUCAACCGAUCAAUUUCAACAAAGUGAAACUUACAAACAACACAUUAGAUAGCAGUGGACAUGUUGUUUUAACCAGCAUGCAUAAAUAUCAGCCACGUAUUCAUAUCGUUCGGACUUCAGAUCCUUCACAAAUUCCUUGGUCACCACAAAAAUCAUUUGUAUUUCAUGAAACUGAAUUUGUAGCUGUCACUGCUUAUCAGAAUGAUCGAAUCACAAAGUUGAAGAUCGAUAAUAAUCCAUUUGCAAAAGGAUUUCGUGAAACUGGUCAAUCUCGAUGCAAGAGAAAGCUUGGACCAUCAACAUCAAAUAACAACAAUUUCAAUCAGAAAUUACAAAAGAACGAUGAUGAAUCGUCGUAUGAAGUUGAACAGAAAAGACUUAGAGUAAUUAGUCCAUCAGCAUUUUCUGCUGGAUCUUUAGAAGACAGUGAAAUGUCAACAUAUGAAACAUCAUCUAACGGAUCACAUUCUCCAGCAACAAUCAGCGUUGAUGAUUGUCAUUCUCCAGUAAUGAAGCCAAACAUUUAUCCAUAUACAGUCUCAGCACACAAUUAUCAUCAUAUGGUUGGACCGAGUCAGCAAUGGUUAAACUUUAUGAUGCCAUAUAUAAACACAGAACAUCAAGCCGCACUAAGUUCUAAUUUUGCUGAUAGUAACAGUUCAAGUCCAUCAACAUCGCCAUCAAAAAGUAUCUCAAUUUCCUUCUCUGAUAAUGAAGAAUCACCCAAAAAAUGUAACUUUUCAAUAGCUUCAAUUCUUGGAUUAUAAGCAUGUAAAUAUCAAUUAUGUAUAAAGAAUUAGAAAGUAAGGAAUUCAAACAAUGACUGAUAGAAUAUUAAAAAUCAAGAUGUUUAUCGUUAUGUACUGAAGAAGUUUCAUUUAAAUUUGAGAUUAUGAAAUAUUUUAAGCUUUAUAAAUUUUAUUAGUUUAUGCCAAAAAAAUAUAGAUUAUUGUUAUUAGCGAUUAUUAAUAAAAUAAUGUCAAUAUAAUUC